GGAGACUUCAUACUCAUAUCGAAGACCUUUUUCGCAAUUCUUUACCAUGACGUCCCCAUUCUUCACUUUCCCUGUCCUCAACGACACUCGUCCCGAUGAUCACUCCAUUCCUGCCUUCAUGGUCUCGACGACGCGAGGCUUCCUCCCUCGCCAAGAACCUCUCAUCGAACUGCCGAAGGAAUUUGCAAUCCUCGAAUCACUUCUGCAACGCAUGCCAAUAAAGACACUCUCGGGGGAACCUGGUCUCCUUGCCAAAUUCACCUUCGGUGACACCGUGUUGAAGGAGUUGCCAGACCUGACUGCUGAAGUCGAGAAGUACAGCCACGACCUUGUCGUCAUGAACGCCCUGUAUCGUGACUACUCCUUCCUGGCCUCGGCGUACCUACUUGAGCCAUGUCACGAAAGGUUCCUCAGAGGAGAGUCGUAUGGUCUGGGCCGACAGUCACUGCCCCGUUGCAUCGCAUUGCCAAUUGUCAAAGUCGCUGAGCUUGCGGGAUUCAAGCCUUUCAUGGAGUAUGCUGGUUCAUACGCGUUGUUCAACUACCGUCUGGAGGAUCCCGAAAAAGGUCUUGACUAUGACAAUCUAAGGUUGAUUCGUGCCUUUGAGCAUGGUUUGGAUCCCACUUCCUCCGAGGCGGGCUUUGUUCUUGUUCACAUCGCGAUGGUGAAGCAGUCUGGUGCACUAGUGAAGGGCGCUUCUGAGAUGUUGGAAAGUUGCAUGGGCAAUGAUCGAGAGCGGUUUGAUGACGGCUUACGGACGUUGGUAGGCGGGUUAAGAAACGUCAACGCUGUGAUGAACACAAUGUGGAAGCGUAGCAAACCCAAUGGAUACACUAACUUCCGCACAUUCAUCUUCGGAAUUACAAAACAGACAAUGUUUCCAAACGGCGUUAUUUACGAGGGAGUCAGUGAAGAGCCGAUGUCUUUCCGUGGUGAAUCCGGAGCAAACGACAGCAUGAUCCCAAUGUGCGACAAUCUGUUACAAAUCCAGAUGCCACAAUCACCUCUGACGGACAUUCUCCAAGAUUUCCGUCAGUACCGACCUGGCAACCACCGCGACUUUCUGGAAAGUGUUCGCGACAGCGCUGAGAAAGCGGGCGUCAGAGAGUUUGCAAAGGGUGACUCUGUUUCCGCUGCUCUCUAUCUCCAGGCUCUUGAUCAAGUCCGCGACUUCCGUUGGAGACAUUGGUCCUUCACUCGUGAGUAUAUCCUUAAGCAAACGGCACAUCCGACAGCGACUGGAGGAAGUCCGAUUGUAACUUGGCUGCCAAACCAGCUUGGCGCUGUCCUGGCGCAGAUGGCAGAGACGUUCGAAUUCUGCAAAUCGGUAAAUGGCGCCAGCGAUAUCAUGGACUUUGCAAACGAACAGCGUGAGACGCUGCAGAAGGAGGUGGCCAAGUACUGCAGUGAGCGAGGGGUUGCAGCAGCAGCAUCGAAGCUACGUGUAAGGGCGCAUUACCAACAACGUGACAUUGAAUACGACACAGUCAUGUCUCGGGCUCGACUCUCAAUCAACGCCCCCAGAGUCAUCCUGUGGUGUUCUCAUUACUACGGCGAAUAUUACGGACAAGAACCUGACAGAACUACACAUACCCACACAACAGCCAUGACCUCACGACACCACCACGUUGCGAAGCAGAACCCGGUAGAGCGUCGCAAGGGCGAGACCGCGCUGAGCGAAUUCGCCGACUACGUGCAGAAGCAGCAGGCACUGCGCCGUCCGCCAGGCCAGGCCCCCGCCGAGCUCGAGGACCAUGACGAGCUGAGCAUCCUCGACGAGCUCGGUUUGACCGACGACACCAAGACACACAUUCGCUUGAAGACGCUGCUGAUAGGCCCUGACGAGGAGAAUGUCGCUGCCCUUGCCGAACACGUCAAAGAGCGCCUGACUGAGGGCCAUGGCGAGGUCAUGUUCGACGUCGGGCUGGAAGACAGCGGCGAGUCUAUGGCUUUCACCACAGAGAAUUGGGACGCCGCCUUGGAGAGAAUAGGAACCGUUUGCGAGCAGCUCAAGGCCGAUUACAAGCUCUUGAUGACGCGGAACGUAGGUGGCGACGUCGAAGUCGGACCCCGUGACGCGAAGGACACGGGAGUUUGUGGCAAGAUGAUUGUGCGCCAGCGGCCGGAGGGCGUAGACGAUGUCAUUGAGACGAGGAUAGCAGUCGUCGGAAAUGUCGAUGCUGGCAAAAGCACCAUGCUCGGCGUGCUUGUCAAGGGCGGGCUAGACGACGGCCGCGGGAAAGCACGAGUCAAUCUCUUCCGACACAAGCAUGAAAUCGAAAGCGGACGAACUAGUUCAGUCGGCAUGGAGAUCAUGGGAUUCGACAGCAAGAGUGAUGUUGUCGUCUCGACCGUUGCUGGAAGGAAGCUCACCUGGGAGGAGAUUGGACGUCGAUCUGCGAAAGUGAUUAGCUUCACCGAUCUGGCGGGCCAUGAAAGAUAUCUGCGUACUACCGUCUUCGGCCUACUUUCGAGCGAGCCAAACUACUGCCUCCUUAUGGUCGCGGCGAACAACGGAGUGAUUGGUAUGAGCAAAGAGCAUCUUGGAAUUGCUCUGGCGCUCAAUGUCCCGGUCAUGGUCGUCAUCACCAAGAUCGAUAUCUGCCCGCCGCAAAUUCUCGAACAGACCAUCACUCAAUUAAGCAAAAUUCUCAAAUCUCCAGGCGCUCGAAAGAUUCCCGUCUUCAUCAAGAAUCGAGAAGAGUGCAUCAAUACUGCUACCCAAUUUGUUUCUCGGCGCAUAUGUCCCAUCUUCCAAGUGUCUAACGUUACGGGUCACAAUCUCGACCUAGUCCGUACUUUUCUCAACGUUCUUCCGCACCACGGCAACUACGAUAGCUCUGCACCCUUGGAGUUCCAUGUCAACGACACAUUCUCUGUUCCGUUCGUCGGUACAGUCGUUUCAGGUGUAGUGAAAUCCGGCGUUAUUCACGCUGGUGACACCAUCCUGAUUGGACCCGACAGCCUUGGUCAAUUCACAACAACAAAAGUACGAUCUAUCGAGCGGAAGCGUAUACAGGUCCCUGGAUGCUCAGCUGGCCAGUCGGCUAGUCUCGCACUGCGCAAUGUCCGAAGGAAAGACGUGCGGAAAGGCAUGGUGGUUCUCCACAAACCUGACAAGCCCGAUCCGACGACGGGUAUCAUUCCUAACCCCAAAGUUUACCGUGAGUUCGUCGCCGAAGUACUUAUCUUGUCCCACGCCACCACCAUCAAGACCAAGUACCAGGCUAUGCUGCACGUUGGCCCAGUCUCUCAGACAUGUGCUAUCAUCGACAUUGAUCGUCAGUACAUACGAACAGGUGAUCGAGCGCAGGUGGCAUUCAAAUUUGUUCAGCGGCCCGAGUAUCUGACGGUCGGAGAUCGUAUACUGUUCCGCGAGGGUCGGACGAAAGGCCUUGGAAUCGUUAAACGCGUUGGAUAUGACCCAAAGCAUCCUCUGAACCCUGAGUUACAGAAAGAGUUGGAGAAGGAAAAGGAGGCGAAGAAGGUUGGGGCGUCAUGAGAAGAGAGUAGUGUAUCCAGACUAAGACAUGUGAUGCUGUAAGUAGUCGCAAGCAGAUAACUUCAUAUGACACAGCCAGUAUGCCUAAAAUUGCAAUGAAGUCGAUACAUGUCAAGAUCGCUGUACCACCUGCGAUGAUUAUCAUGUAUCAUAGUGGUAUCACGUUUUGUGGUGGCAGAAGUGAAAUAUCAAGUUGCGUCAUGAAACUGGAG